AUGGCGUUCAUGAUGCCUGUUGUCAAAAAUGACUACAAAAUCUAUCCUACUUGUCCCAGCCGUAGUGGACUGAGCACUCCACAAACCAGAGGAUCCAGCUUGUCCAGUUCUCCUGGAGCUGCCUCAGCGUCAUUCAUGAGUUCACCAAGAAGUUCCCAAACUCCAGCUUUUCCCAACACUCCAAAAUCCGGCUCAGAGACGUCGCUGCAUAAAUUCCACAGCAAACUUCUGGACAAACUGAGAAAGACCUUUCGUGGUAAAGAUGAUGAUGCCAACCAGAGCUCCAGUUCAACGGUCAUUAUACGAUGA